AGAUCGUCACUUCCGGCUCCGGGACGGUGGCCGACAGGCUGCGGAUACGAUGCAGCUGCCGCCCGCGGUGCCGGCGCGGCUGGCUGGGGCCUCCGGGGCGGCCGAGCCUCUGGCCGUGGAGCGGGACCCCAGGGCCGGGUCGGCGCCCUUCCUCUUCGCGGCGCGCCGGCUGCACUUCCCGCGAGACCACGCCUUCUUCGAGGAAGGGGACGUGCAGCGCCACCUCUACCUCCAGGAUGUGCUCGCGCAGGUGACUGAGUGUCCCGAGAGGCCCAGGGUGCCCGAGUUCGCGUGCCAGGUGGCCGGCUGCUGCCGGGUGUUCGACACCCUGGGAGACUACGAGCACCACUACCACGUGCUGCACGACAACGUCUGCUCCUUCUGCAAGCGCGCCUUCCCCUCGGGGCAGCUGCUGGACACCCACAUCCUCGAGUGGCACGACGCACUCUUCCAGCUGCUGGCCCAGCGGCAGGACAUGUACCAGUGCCUGGUGGAAGGCUGCACAGAGAAGUUCAGGACCAGCGGGGACAGGAGGGAGCACCUGGUGAGGAGCCACCUGUACCCCCCCGACUUCCGAUUCGACAGGCCCAGGAAAGGGAGAGGCCCCGCCACCGCACUCCAGUCCGCAGAGGCCCCGGUGGAGGCCGGGGAGGAGGCAGAAGGGGACGCCAUGGAGGUCUGCCCGGAGCCCUCGGCUUCACGGCGGACCCCGGGCCACAGGGUCCCUCCCGCCGUCUGCUUUGGCCAAGGCGCGUCACGAGGGUUUAAAAGCAGCAAGAGGACAGGCAAGCGACAGUGAGGGUGGCGCCGGCAGCCACACCCGCUAGACCGUGCCCGGCGGGCGAGGGGCCGUGGGCAGCUUGCUGUGUGUCUGUCCUCGCUUUGGGCGGACCUCAGUGGAGCCUGAUGAGAGAUUUCCUGGGAGGCCCCGCGUGGACCUUCUGGGGCCGGGGGGCGGCCCCCGGUCCUCUGCUCGCCGGCACCCUGCGCAGAGCGCUGGGAGAGAACUCCGGGCGGCUCAGUGGCGCCAGGCCUUUCACCGCCCGCCCGCCCGCCUCCAUCUUCACCUGCCCUGCCCGGCAGCUCAGCUAAGCGCGGCUCCCACUCCGGGGGUGUCACCUCAAGCCGGGAGAUGGGGUACUGGGUGACCACACGCCCCGACCCAGUGGUGUGUGGGGUGCACCAGGCAGACUGGAACCCCAGGCUCCAGGAGCUGCUAGGUGCUGCCCCAGAAGUGGGGCCCUGCGUGCGCCCCACCCUCAGGCCAGGGCUGGCUCGCGGAACCUCUCCCCACCCCAGGCUAGACUGGGUGAGAGGCAGCCGUCAGAACUCAGGAGCUGUCCAGAACUGAGUGUGGUAAAGAACAGCGGGCGCUUUGUUGUUUGAAUGGCGCCCAGCGGGCACUCGGUGCUUGUCCGCUCAGCUUCUUGCACAGACCCACCCCCUGGGCUUGCAGGGACCAGUCAGGGCUGAGGUCCAUGAGCCAUGGCUGCUUGGGAGGGAGGGCAUGCGACGGGCUCUGGCCUGCCCGCCUCCACCCCGGGAAGCUCACCGCCCCUGCAGCUGCCAAGGACGGCAGACAGCUAAGACUCUCCAUGCUGGCUGCUCGGGGAUGUCAGAGCCCUCGCUGGAGCCCUGCACUCGCACGCCCCCCACAGCCCUCGCCCAGUGUCGGACUCUGCCUCUGCCUCCCUCUCCUGGCCAGUGAGAUGAACGCACCCUUAGCAGCCGGGGAGGUGGCACAAGCCCCAGAUUUGACUUGAGGUGCCACGUGGGCCGGAAGGACCUUCUGCUUCUCUCAUUAAGUAAAUAAAGCUGAGGUGCAGUCAAGGUGCUAAAGAGACUCUCGUCCGGCCGAAUCCCACUCCCAUCUCACAGCUCUGCUUGGCCCAGCUCACCUGCUUGCUGGGUGACAGGUUGUAUGUGGGAAAUCUGAAUGUUUUUGUUUUCAAUCGAUAUGUAAACUUUUUUUUGUAUUUAUUCCCUC